AACUUCCCCGACACCUACAUAACCAGAGCUACCUGCUAAUCUAUUGAAUGUAAAUUUCAACCUCCUGAGCCCCUGAUACAACUUACCCUUCUAAUUAAGCACACUAUGACUCGAAUCGGUUGGUAUGGCCUCGGCUCCAUGGGCCUGGCCAUGGCCACGAACCUCCAAAAACAUCUCGUCCGCAAAACAGGCCCAAGUCUCAUUUAUUCCAACCGAACCAUGGCCCGCGGCGACGCUCUCAAGGCACUAGGCGGUACACCCGAAACCAGCUUCUCGAAGCUCGUUGCGCAAUGCGGGAUUAUCUUUACCAUGGUCUCCAAUGACGCAGUCCUUCAACAACUUGUCUCCUCGGCGGUCAAUUCCGGGCACUCCCUCGAAGACAAGAUCUUCGUUGACUGCUCAACCGUCCACCCUGAGACGGUGGGCGGGACUGUCGCGAAGCUGAAGGAAAAGGGGGCGGACUUUCUGGCUGCUCCUGUCUUUGGAGGGAACCCAAUCGCCGUAGACGGAAAGUUGGUGUUUGCGAUUGGCGGGCCGAGGAAGGCGGCGGAGGUGGUGAAGCCGUUGAUCCAGGAUGUGAUGGGGAGGAAGGUGAUUGAUUGUGGUGAGGAUGCGACUCGGUCUUCACUUCUGAAAAUUGCAGGUAAUAUUGUAUUCAGGAACAUUGUCACCGUGAACAUGAUGGAAGCGGUGGGUGAAGCGCAGGUGUUCGCUGAGCGGACGGGACUGGGAAGUGGCCCAAUGGAAGAGCUCAUUGGAGAGGCCUUUGGGCCCGUGGCUGGGGGAUAUUCGAAACGAUUGACCACUGGCGCCUACGCACCGCCGCUGAAUUCUCGUCCCGGAUUCGGGGUUUCCUUGGCCAUCAAGGAUGCAAAACAUGCAUUUGCCAUGGCCAAGGACCAUGAUGUUGAAUUGCCGGGUCUGCAGGUUUCCCUCGAUAACAUGGAGGCUGCCAGGGAAUAUGCGGGCGAAUGCUUGGAUAGCAGUUCCAUGUACGGAGUGCUACGGCAGAAGGCCGGUCUGCAGUUCUGGAAUGAAAAGAGUCGCCAGGGAAAUUCCUGACCUACCAGUGAGGACCAGUUGCCACUCCUAGUUCAAUAUAGAUGACUACUAGAUCCAUCUCGAUUCUCAAGACACUACCCCAGCUCUACA